CACAGAAACACCAACAUUUUCUGCCCCCGCGAAAACGCCAUUCUAUCUGUAUGGUCUUAUCCAAGGGGAAUUCUGAGCUAGCGACCCCCGGAGACACUGUGCCAACUCCUGUGACGGAGGCGCUUCCGCCGCCUCCGUCAUACUCCGAGUCUACCGCUCAGUCGUCUCUGUCGUUCUCUUCUAGGUCUCGGGCCGCAAAUCGAGAUGCUGGCAUACUUUUUCCCAGAGGUCCUCUAAGCGCUUACUGUGUACCCGUUGUACCACUUGUAAGGCGGGGCCCGGCAAUGCAUGUGUCUUCUGCUGCUCUGGUUACACAGGAAGACAUAUCUGUGACAUCCACUGCCAUGCCCUUAAGCUUGGGACUCAACUGCGUACCCAUUGUGCCAUCCAUUUCGAUGCGAGACAUUCGUGGUGGGAUCGGUGGUGCAUUUACCAUCGACCCGAAGACGUCUGGGAGCGAUGUUGACUUCCGGCGCAGAUGUAAACCAUGCAAACGACACAGAAAGCGGGGCCACUCCAAAAACGCUGGUAUUGAUACGCAGAGAACACCUCACGCAUCAUUUUGUACCCGUCGCGGACCGAUCUCGUUGGCCCUAGACAUUGGUAAUUCUCAUGAGAAAUGUCACCAAGUAACGGCGGAGGUGCUUUCCAAGCGUGGCGACAUCGACUUGGACAUUAGAUCCAAGCCCUCGGGAAAGACCCUCAGCCUUAGCGUAUUCUCGAGGAGAGGUCAAACCAUUGUGCUCCUUCCACCCAACUUCUGUGGCGACAUCCAUGUUUUCACGCGCAAAUACGGUACUUUUGAAGUCAUGCCUGGCUUGUCUCAGUACGUUCGUAGCAUGAACAGCUACAAGCGUACUGCUAUAAUCGCUAUUGGUGGGACCUUAGCUGAAGACACGGCCAAGUCGACCACCCUCGACUGCUGUCAUCUAGCUACCAGGCGUGGUCACAUCAUCGUAGGACUUAGUGGCGUUGACAAUAUGCCAGCGAAGAAGGAGAGCUUUUGGCAAAAGCUGGGAUGCUAUUUGCAUGGAAGAACGUAAGUACGUCAAUGCGGCUUGGCUUUAGUAGCCUUUCGAGUGAAGCGCUUGUAGUCCAGAGGCGCAUUGUACAUGUUACAUUUCUAGUCUGACACUCCAACUACUAUAUUAGUACUACCUGUAUUCAUCAUUUCUUG